AUGCGUUACUUUAGAGUACUGCACAAUUUUGACGCACAGGACGGUGUGGAGCUUACCGUCAAGAAGGGCGAAACUGUUUUCACGGCGGAGAGCGAGGUGCGGGAAGGAUGGAUCAAAGUGGAGGUUCUUCAUGACCCGAGGCGACGCGGAUUUGUUCCGUUCAAUUACUUGCGCGAGACGACAGAGUCCCUUGCGAGGGAACAGGAGGAAGGGAGCAGAGGCAUUGGAAGAGAAUCGGGUGGGAUGUCAACCGCAUCCAUGACACUUCAGCCCUCUGCGGUUCCAAGGGAGACAUCUGUGACGUUUACGUCCGGUGCGUUAGAUUACGGUGAUAGACUGCAGAACAUGUACGGUGUUGGCGCCUCGGCCCCAAGCCCGGUGUCUCAGCGCAGCCGGUCUGCCGAGCAGGGCAUGAAGCGUGUAAAUGAGAACUCAAUGGCAACGGCAACAAAGGGGGCAGUGAUGGAGCCUUUGCUGCCCUCCCAAAAGGUGCCGUCCUCGCCUCCCAGCGGUGCGGAUCCUGUACCAGAGCGAUCACUGCUUAACAAUCCAAGUGCGAUUGUUGAGGCGUUUAUGAAAAACGAACUCCAUUUCAAGCAGCUCAUCCGGCAGCGUCAGGAUGCUCUUGCGCAGAUGCGAACAACAGUCGAGGAAGCGAUGUCCGAGUUAGCAGCGUGCAAGGAGAAGAACUUCACACUGGCGCGCAAACUUCGUGAAUUGGAUCAAUCCGUAGAAAAGGAACGGGGACGUUGGAAGGAGCGAAUCAUGGAAGAAAAGGCGUACAUCAGCCGAUCCAUGUCUUCCGAGUAG